GCCACAACGAAACUAAUGUUUUUGCUGGUUACUCUUGCUUCAGUAAUAUGUUUAGCAUAUUCCUCCCCGCUCAUCAGACGCUCCACACCACGUUGGACUCGCCCAUGCGGGAGUUUUGAAAUCCAGAUGCCGAAUCCUCUACCACUCCCUCCCCUCAACGAGACACUGGGAGAAAUAGUGGCCCUCACUCAAAGCGGAGUGGACUAUUCCAGACAACUUCGGGUGAAAUACCGAUUACAGCGAGUUCUCAGCAAUGACAUGGCAUCUGUCUUGGACAACGUGCACCUGGAUGGUUUCCCGCUGAAAAAAUCAUCCGAUGAAGCAAUCAACGACGCCGAUUCUGAUACGGUCACGGCACUGAAAAAGGAUUACACGACUCUGUCGAAACUCGCCGUUUGGCUCGAACAGAUGCAUCUAGACGAAGUGACCCGUCACCAGUCUCAGUUCAUCAACGAAGUCAGUCGGGUGGAGGAAAACGUCUACUCCAUGCUGUGCAAAAUCGACGUCUGCCUUCGCAAUCUCAACUCAACCGUUGACGCUCACGUGACACGCUCGGUUAUGCCCGACAAGUUCCGUAGAAUGACGAUAGCUCAGACCUACCAGCGCGAUUACAUCAUCAACAAAGACACUUCGGAGUUUGUCGACUCGCUAGAAAUUCAAUAUUCAGCGAUGGAGGCACGAUAUAUGUCUAGAGCAUUACAGUAGUCUUUAUGAAUAUAAGAACGAAUAAAACCCCAUAGAAUCCCCGCGUAACCACAUAAUAAGCCAGUGGACUAGUCACAGCUUCGGCGUAUUCAUCGGAUCGAACGCUCUUUCGGGCACUCGACCUCCUGAACGCGCGACAAAUUUUACUGGAUGGAUUUUUUGUUUCAUCCUGACAUUUACAGACAUUAUAAAAUAGAACUCUGGUUGUGGUUACGCGGACGACUUAAAGUUUAUAUUUGUUUUUCACAAGUGGUUCUGUUGGAUUAUGUUAAUCCAAAUAAUGUACAUGGCUACGCCAUUUAAUGUGUAUAUACUGUUAUAAUAUAAUAUUUUGUUUAUUAAAUGUCGGAAUUAUUAUCUUCAAACUUUUCAGUUGAGGACAUUAUUUGAUUCUGUCUUUACUGUCCAUGUUCCAUAAUAGUUCAGCAUUACAUUAAUGCAGAAAUAUUACGGAAUAGGCCCCUGUGUGUUUUUCCAUGUUUUAACAGACAAAACUAUUAAAAAAAGAAAUGAAAAAAAGAAGAGAAAAAUGAAAGAAAAAGAAAAGAAAAAGAAAAGAGAAAUAAGGAAAAAAAAAAGAAAUAGAAAAAUGUAUAUUACUUUCUAUAGUACGUAUUUUAUUUUUAUAUUUUAUUGUGUACAGUAUUAUAUUUGCAUAAUAUCAUAUUUAUGUAUGCGACACAUCACUAUAAAUAAUCAAUUAUUUAUUCUCGAAAGACCCAAGGUCAUUAAACAUGAACAUUUGUAUAUAUUUCAAUGCUUAACUUAUGAUAUUUUGUUUUUACUCCAUUACUGAAUCUCACAUAUCAUUGCAUUUUAUCAUUGCACUUUAUCAACAAUUUACAUUUUGUGUAUUGUCUCAGUUUUAAAUGUUUGUCACUUGUACAUGUACAUCAUUACGACAUAUUAUGUUACUACUUAAUGAUUGCUUUUAAAAAUGCUCGUGUAUAUAGCCAAUUCAUGAAAUCAUGUAUGUAUGUUUAUUUAUUGCUGGAUGACUGUACAAUAACGUUUAAAACGUUAUUUUUACGUUAGCGAACAUUUGUCUUGGGUAGAAAUGUUAAUUAGGGCUAUUCCAGAAAUAAUUCAAAAGUGUUUUAAUAAAAUAACUUGGCUUUAAUAUUUGCGUUAAUAAACUACCAACGAACGAAAAACAUUAGUGAACCCAUCCACCCUGUGUGAUUACAUCUGAAACAAAUUUCCAUAAAUUGCCCUAAAAUAUUCCUUAAAUUGCCAUAGCGUAUUACCUUUAAAUAUUUGUCUGGAAUUUCCCUAAAUAAUUAGCAAAUUGAGAAUUAAAAGUGAUGUAAAUGAUAUUUAUUUAUUUAUUUAUUUAUUUAUUUAUUUAUGUAUUUAUUUAUUGUUUUAAACAAUCAAAUAUCAAAAUGCUACAUUACUUGCCAGUUGUCAGACAGUGCAUUUACGUAUUAUAUACAAUUUUAAAACUUAUUUUUUUUUUUUUUUUAUGUUGGCUUUUUGAUACAUAUUUUAACACAAUAAAUUAUUUUUAUAUGAAUGCUAUUUGUUUUGUUUUAUUGUUCAUUUAGACCAACGGGCAUCUACAAAAACCUAAAACCUUGUUAUCAUUCAAAUCUCUCUCUCUCUCUCUCUCUC